CAAGAACGGAUCUGGCCUUAGAGAUGGCCGCUGAUCAGAUCUUUAGCGCCGCUGGUGGUGACAGGGCAGAUGCCGCAAAUGUUUUGGUGAUCCUCACCGAUGGUAAAACAAGUGGCAAGAGUGCGCCAUAUAAGGAUGUUUUGAAGCCUCUGCAGAACAAGGGGGUCCGCACGGUUGCCGUAGGAAUUGGGAACAGCAUUGGUGACGAUGAACUGCUCAUGAUUGCUGCCGGAAACCCUGACUACGUCACACAUCUAAACGAUUUUGAUGAACUUAAAAGCAACUUGAAGCAAAUCCUCAUGGAAUCUUGUCAAGGUGCUGGUGAUGUCGAUGGUGCUUGGUCCGCGUGGUCUAGUUGGACGCAAUGCUCUAAGUCUUGCGGUGGAGGAAUAAAAGUUCGCGAAAGAUCGUGUACCAAUCCCCCUCCAAAAGGCAACGGCAAAAGUUGCACUGGAGAGUUGGAAGAGACUGGGGCGUGUUCUGAGAAUCCAUGUCCCAAACCUUGUACCAAGGCCUUAGACGUUGGGAUCAUCCUGGAUGGCUCAGGCAGUGUGGGUAAAAACAACUUCAAAAUAGCCAAGGAGUUCGUCCAGUCCUUGAUGUCUCACUUCUCAGUCUCCACCAAAGCAACGCACUUUGGUGUAAUUACAUAUAGUACUAAUUCCAAUUUGGAAUUUGACCUAGCAAACGCUAAAUAUCACGACGUGGUCGAACUAAAGAAACGUGUGAUGGAAAUUAGGUAUCCUGGUCAGUGGACUCGCACCGAUAAGGCCUUGGAAAUGGCUGCUCAAAAGCUGUUUACUAGCGCUGGAGGGGAUCGUAACGACAAAGCAAACAUUUUGAUUGUGUUUACCGAUGGUAAAACCAACAGAGGAAGCAGGCCAUACCCUGAAGUACUACAACCACUUCAGGAAAGAGGUGUCAGAACUGUUGCAGUAGGUAUUGGUCACGGUAUCAACCAGCGAGAGCUGCGUCAGAUCGCCAUGAACGAUGAUCAGUAUGUUAUACAGGUGGAUGCCUUUGACGUCUUGAAGGAUAAACUACAGAUGAUUCUAGAUGAGUCUUGUCAAGGUGCACCACCAUCUACGCCUAGCCCUCGAUGUAAGGAAGGAAAGCUAGGUAUUCAGAGUGGUGACAUUCCUGAUGAUGCUAUCACGGCCUCCAGCCAAUGGGAUGGUAACCAUAGUCCAAUCCGUGCGCGACUAAAUUCUGCACGUUCGGGAGCGAAGACAGGAGCUUGGUCUGCAAAGUAUAAUGACUUAGGGCAGUGGAUUCAGAUCGACUUUGGCAAGGUUGUCAAGAUAACACAGGUGUUUACCCAAGGUAGAAGUGAUUAUAAUCAGUGGGUGACGUCAUACUGGAUAUCCUACAGCCUCAGUAAUGGUUUCUACGAGGUCUACGGUGACAAUGGUCCAAUUAUCUUUACAGGAAACUCAGACAGGAAUACAAUCAAAGUAAACAAGUUAGAAGUUCCCAUCUACACUCGUUUCUUUCGUCUCCAUCCAAAAACGUUCCAUAGACAUAUCUCCUUGAGACUUGAAUUAUUUGGCUGUCAAACAGGUUUUGUCCCUCCCAGUCCCCCUCUGUGCAUGGAAGCACUCGGCAUGCAAAGCGGGCGUAUCAAAGCAGAUGCCCUACAGGCUUCUUCACAAUACGAUGCUAACCACAGAGCAGAUAAUGGUAGGCUUCACUUCCAGAAAACAGGUUCACGAAUCGGUGCAUGGUCCGCUAAAACAGCAGAUGGCAACCAGUACAUUCAAGCGAAGUUCGACGUGGUCGCUAAGGUACGUCGCGUUGCCACUCAGGGACGAAUGGACGCUGACCAGUGGGUGAAGACCUACACUUUGGCUUACAGCUUCGAUGGAAAGACGUGGAAAGAUUACAAACUGAAUAAUAUUGUUACGGUCUUCCAAGGAAACAAGGAUCGUUACACUGUAGCAUCCGAGUUUAUUGAUCCACCAAUCAUAGCACAGUAUAUACGGGUCAAACCUAAGAGCUGGUAUGGAACCAUUUCUCUGAGAGUGGAGUUCUACGGAUGUACUGAAGACGGUGACAUUUGCAGUGUGCAUAAGCCUUGUCAAAAUGGCGCCCAUUGCACAAAUAUUGUGGGUGGUUAUCAGUGUAAAUGUCCUCCUGGUUUUAAAGGCAAAAACUGUGACGUGGAUGUGGAUGAAUGCGCCAGCAAACCCUGCAAGAAUGGCGGCAAGUGUGAGAAUAAACCAGGGGGCUACAAAUGCACCUGUGUUGGUGGUUGGUUUACAGGAAAGAAUUGUGAUGAAGUUCCUGCUGAGUGCAUCGUAAACAUCAAACUAAGUGAAGCAAACCGAGCCUCAGGCAACUUGAGAAGGAGCUUUCUGGAAUGCGACGCAAGAAAUCUGAAAACGAUUGGAAAGUGGCAUCAAUUUGUCGGAGCAGCUGGUACCAAGAUACCAAACUCCUGCGUUCCUACGCAACGUUGCGGAACCCACGCCCCUGGAUGGAUGAAGGAUGCACACCCCAAGAAGGAAGAUGGAGUGGUCAAGAGGAAGAUCUGCUUCCACUGGAGUGGCGACUGUUGUCGGUGGAGUGUCGAUAUCGAUGUCAGGAACUGUGGAAGCCACUACGUGUACAAGCUGGCGAAGCCGCCGGCGUGUUAUUUACGAUUUUGCGGCGAUAAAGGACAUAACGUUUGUGAACCAAAGAAUCCCUGUCAAAAUGGCGGAGUAUGUAAACCUCAAGGUGACGGCUACUACUGCCAGUGUAAAGGUGGCUACCAAGGAAAGAACUGCGAUAAAGAUAUCGAUGAAUGUUCUGUUAACAAUCCAUGUAAGAAUGGAGGAACGUGCACCAACACAGCUGGAAGCUACAAAUGCGCAUGCGGAGCGAAAUAUACUGGAAGCAACUGUGAGACGGAUAUCAACGAGUGCACAGUACACAAGCCGUGUAAAAACGGAGGAACCUGUAUUAACUCUGUUGGUGGAUACAGCUGCAAGUGCCCCAAUAACUUUAAAGGAAAACACUGCGAUGAGGAUGUUGAUGAAUGUGUCGGCAUCAAACCCUGCAAGAAUGGAGCUAAAUGUGCUAAUACUGUUGGAAGUUACAAGUGCACAUGUGUUGGUGGCUGGUUUACUGGAAGACACUGCGACGAAGAUCCCAAGGAAUGUUCGAGCUACACUGAACUGAACACCGCUGAUCGUGCCUCUGGUUCUCAAAGGGGUAGGUUGUUGAAGUGUGACAGAAACGACUUUCCUUCCCAAGCCAAGUGGUACCGCUUCACAGGUGUUUGCUUCAAUUGGGGCAAUAACCUUUGUACAUGGCACGUGUUUGUCAGUAUCCGUAACUGUGGGAACUACUUAGUGUAUCAUCUAGGAAGGACACCGGGAUGCUCUUUACGUUAUUGUGGAAACAAGGGACACAAUGUGUGUCAAGCUCGCAAUCCAUGUAAGAAUGGAGCAACUUGUCAACCGAAUGGUGAUGGUCAGACAUGUCAGUGCUCAGCCAACUUCCAAGGAGAAUUCUGCGAUAAAGAUGUGGAUGAAUGUGCCAAGAAUCCAUGUAAGAACGGUGCAAAGUGCACCAAUACGCACGGAGACUAUAACUGCGCGUGUAGCAGUGCUUUCACUGGAAAGAACUGUGACGUGGACGUGAAUGAGUGCAAAGUGAGCAAUCCGUGCAAAAAUGGAGCCACUUGUGUGAACUCAGUCGGUGGUUACAGCUGUCAGUGCCCUGAAAACUACAAAGGAAAACACUGUGAUGAAGAUGUAGAUGAGUGUGAAGUCAAAAAACCUUGUAAAAACGGCGCAAAAUGCGAAAACAGCCGCGGUGGAUACAGAUGUAUUUGUGCGGGAAAGUGGUUUACAGGGAAACAUUGCGACCUAGAUCCCCCGGAAUGUUCUAGCUACACUGAGCUGAACACUGCCGAUCGUGCCUCUGGUUCUCAAAGGGGUAGGUUGUUGAAGUGUGACAGAAACGACUUUCCUUCCCAAGCCAAGUGGUACCGCUUCACAGGUGCUGCAGGAACAAGGAUGCCUACUUCGCCUGUAGCCAAACAUCAUUGUGGAACCCAUGCACCAGGCUGGCUGAAUGGUCAACAUCCAAAGAAGGAGGAUGGGGUUGUUUCGCGGAAGGUUUGCUUCAAUUGGGGCAAUAACCUUUGUUCAUGGCACGUGUUUGUCAGUAUUCGUAACUGUGGGAACUUCUUGGUAUAUCAUUUAGGAAGGACACCAGCAUGUUCAUUACGUUAUUGUGGAGACAAAGGGCAUAAUGUGUGUAAAGCUCGCAACCCGUGUAAGAAUGGAGCAACUUGUCAACCCAACGGUGAUGGUCAGACAUGUCAAUGCCCAGCCAACUUCCAAGGAGAAUUCUGCGAUAAAGAUGUGGAUGAAUGUGCUAAGAACCCGUGUAAGAACGGUGCAAAAUGCACCAAUAAGCACGGAGACUAUACAUGCGCGUGCAGCAGUGCUUUCACUGGAAAGAACUGUGACGUGGACGUGAAUGAGUGCAAGGUGCGCAAUCCGUGCAGAAAUGGAGCCACUUGUGUGAACUCUGUUGGUGGUUACAGCUGCCAGUGCCCUGAAAACUUCAAAGGAAAACACUGUGAUGAAGAUGUGGAUGAGUGCAUUUCCAAGAAACCUUGUAAAAACGGUGCAAAAUGUGAAAACACUCGCGGUGGAUACAAAUGUACUUGCUUAGGAAAGUGGUUUACAGGGAAGAAUUGUGACCAAGGUAAAGUGAUUGAAACGUUAACAUAUUUUAUCCCUUAUAUUCAAAUUAGUUUCUUUUACAUUAAUUCUCCUUCAGGAAAGGGAGGUCUCUCUCUUUAUCCCCCGGAAUGUUCUAGCUACACUGAGCUGAACACUGCCGAUCGUGCCUCUGGUUCUCAAAGGGGUAGGUUGUUGAAGUGUGACAGAAACGACUUUCCUUCCCAAGCCAAGUGGUACCGCUUCACAGGUGCUGCAGGAACAAGGAUGCCUACUUCGCCUGUAGCCAAACAUCAUUGUGGAACCCAUGCACCAGGCUGGCUGAAUGGUCAACAUCCAAAGAAGGAGGAUGGGGUUGUUUCGCGGAAGGUUUGCUUCAAUUGGGGCAAUAACCUUUGUUCAUGGCACGUGUUUGUUAGUAUCCGUAACUGUGGGAACUUCUUGGUAUAUCAUUUAAGAAGAACACCAGCAUGUUACUUACGUUAUUGUGGAGACAAAGGACAUAACAGAUGUCUUGUCAAGAAUCCUUGUCUGAAUGGAGGAACUUGUAAACCAAUUGGAGUGGAGGACUAUCAGUGCGCAUGUCCAGCUUGGUAUAAGGGACGAAACUGCGAACAAGCGAUCUGCCGACAAAGGACGGACAAUAAAGAUGGCCGCUGCUGUGUUUUCCCUUUUACAUACAGAGGCAAAACUUACAACUCCUGCACUAGCUACAAACACAACAGAUUAUGGUGCUCACUUGAUCGUGUUUAUGAUGGAAAAUGGGCCAAUUGCGUAUAUCCUUGUGACAAGAAACCAUGCCAGAACGGAGGCACCUGCAAAAACACGGGAGUGGAUACCUACCAGUGUCAAUGUAAGAGCGGAUUUCAAGGAACCAAUUGCGAAAAAGACGUUGAUGAGUGUGCAAGUCUUAAGCCAUGCAGGAAUGGAGCAAGGUGCCAGAACACCAGGGGAGGAUACACCUGUGCCUGUGCUCAAAGAUUCACAGGAAAAAACUGCGAUCAGAUUUAUAUUCCUCCUGAAUGCAAAAAUCCAGUGGUUAUUAGUCAUGGAAGUCGUUCUAUGGAAUACUCUAUUGGACCCAUUAGUUGCGACCAGCGGAACCUUCCUACGGUCGGCAAAUGGCAUCGCUUCAUGGGCGCGGCAGGAAAUGCCAUGCCUACCUCCUGUGUACCGACGCACCGCUGUGGUACACAUGCUCCUGGUUGGCUUUCUGGGGAUCACCCAACUGAGGACCAGGGUGUUGUUACGAGAAAGGUUUGCUUCCAUUGGAGCGGCGACUGCUGUAAAUGGAAUGUAAACAUCAAAGUCAGAAACUGCGGGGAGUAUCACGUCUACCAGUUGCUCAAAACCCCUGUUUGUAAUCUCCGCUAUUGUGCGACGAAAACAUUUCCUGGGGCACCCUCAUCCUGCAGACGACCGAUGGACAUUGGUGUAAUUAUGGACCGCUCUGGCUCCGUAGGAGGAGACAACUUUGAAAAAGCCAAACAGUUCGUCAUAUCGCUUGUACACAAGCUUCAAAUAUCGUCACACGGCACUCGAAUCGGAAUCAUCCCCUACCACUCUGAUGCGGAGGUAGCGGUGAAAUUCGCAGAUGUGGCAUAUCAGACGCCAGAUGCUAUGACCAGGCUGAUAAAGGGUAUCCAUUACACUCAUGGUUUGACGCGAACCGACAUAGCUAUCGAACUGGCUAAUACCCAACUGUUUAGCGACUCUGGAGGAUACCGUAAUGACAAACCUAACGUGUUGAUUGUGAUGACCGACGGAAAAACAAAUCGUGGAAGUAAAUCAUACAGCAAAGUUCUUGCCCCUUUAAAGCAAAAGAAUGUGAGGAUGAUCGCUAUUGGUGUAGGAUCAAGUAUUAAUGACGAUGAGUUGAAACAAAUCGCCGACGGAAAGCGGGAAAAUGUUAUUCAUGUGGACAAGUUUGACGACCUUGUUAACAAUGAGAAUAAUGUUCUGUUUGCGUCUUGCGAACCAG